AUGCAAAGAAAGAUUUCGAUGAUUGCAACGACGGCAUUUGGUAAUAACCUUCGCUUGUAUGAUUCAUUCGCUGAAAUUCAUCAAGUAUACAAUGGACCGCUUCGUUUCCAACAAGCCGAAUGGGAUAACAUCAAACACGAGAGUCUGAUUCUUCGAUCAUUUUCCAAUGAUACUAACCAAACGAACACUUUUGAACGUCGUAUCCUUCGACUCAAUGCCAAUAGUUCAGAUAAAAGAAUCUUCGUACGAACGCACUUAGCACAAGAAGAACCCAUUGCUUGUGAAUUGAUUAGAGACGAUCGUGAACAUUCUCUUGUUCGUGACAUUAAAACUGGUCGCUAUUUCCAUGUCCACUCUGAUCUCAUCGAAUAUUCUUAUGAACCGCAGUCCAAUCCAAUCUAUCAAGUCUCCUUUCAUCCAAUCUUAACCAAUCAUUCUCUCGUGGUCACCUUCAUCCUCAACAGUCUUCGCUGGAAUGCUCGUUAUACAUUGCAAACAUAUAACAAUGGCCAAGUCGAAUUUCAAGUAUUAGCAGACAUCAUCAAUACGAGUCCAUUGCCAUACUAUUCGAAUCGAACGUAUUUGAUGUCAGGUGACAUUAAUCUAGCAUUUGGCAGUGGUAAAAGCUCAGCAUUAACGAUUUCGAGUGACACAUUAGAAAGCACCGUUGAUUACAGUGGUGUUCACUUGUUUUCGACGAUCAACAAAACGCUAACAAUUGAACCUUAUUCGAUACUUACACUACCUAUUCUUUUUCCAUACAUACGUGUAAAAGCUUUAUUUGUUUACACUCUUAUUUUAACAAUGCCAUCGCCGAUACUGAAUAGUGCUCAAGCGAUCAUUUCAGGUAAACAUAAAUUUCAACGUCUGUAUCAAUUAUCCAAUAGUUCGUCAUUUCUUCCGACUGGUCAUCUUUUACUUUAUGAUUCAUCUGCUCAUAUUUUAACCGGAGAAUGGCAAUUGCCAACAUUGGCUGAAUCGGAAAAAUAUGAAUUCGAAUUGGGACAAGAUGCGGAUAUCAUGCUAGUAUAUAAUCGAACCUUGUCGAUGAAUCGUGCAACAAAUUCAUCGUUAAUGACAACGAAUGUUUUGAUUCAGAAUUAUAAACAACGAAAAGUUAAUAUUCGCUUCAAAUCUAUAUGUCAAGUAUCCAUUACGUGUUUAUUCUAUGAUAAUAAGGCUCGCUCACUUGGCUCGCGCCUUCGUUCUGACCUUGUGAUUGAUGCAAAAUCCGAAAUUGCGUUUACGUUUACUACCAUACGACUCAACUAA